AUGGGAACCAACCGCACCCCUCCCUUCCACGGCACCUUCGACGGCGUGACGUUCACGCUCACGCGGCAACGGCACCCCGGCCUGGAGGGGGUGGUGAUCGACUACGUGCACCUGGAGCGCGAGGGCCACGAAUGGGUCUCACUGGCCGGGCGUCUGCUCCAGCAGCACUGGCGCUGGUACCCGCUGCGGCGGGGCGAGCGGCGCCGCGGGGCGGCCGUCAUCUGCAGCGGCCGCGUGCGCCUGUACAUCGACGAGCCCACCUUCGGCCUGCCGGUGGCACUCCCAUUCUUCCACCUGAACGAGGCCGAGUGGGCCGCGGUCGAUGGUAUGGCCCCGCCCAUGCCGGUGCUCCUCGCGCUCCAGGAGCAUCUGAUGAAGCCGGGGAUGGGGCUGACUCAAGAACGAAUGUAG